AGGCUGCAAACAAGAAGCUAAGCUACAAUGUUUCGCUGACAGGAAGAGGUUAUUUUCCUCACAGGAUUAAAACAUGGUUAAAUCAUGAGUAGAUCUUUUAGUUGUACUUGAUUAUAGGUCGGUGGAUGACGGGGACGUGUGCGUCGGUGUGUGUGGAGGAGAUAUCUGGAUAAAGCGGGUGGAGCUGCUCGAUCAGGAGAGGAUUUCUUCAGAUUCACACGCUUUCAAUGGAUUUCUAUCAUCAUCAGACAGAAUUUGGAGCGGGUACAGGGGUCUAACCCUUAACAGAGAGUGUGCCCGAGGAGGAGCUGCCAUACCCCGUCCGACCCUCCCUGAGUCUGCAGUGGAAUCAAGGAGCUAACAACCACCGUUAGCCUGCAUCGUCUUCAGACAUCAUGGGAAACGCCACUUCCUGCUGCGUGUCUUCCAGUCCCAAACUGAGGCGAAACGCCCAUUCCAGGCUCGAACCGUACCGGCCGGAUGCCGAACUGAGCCGAGAGGACACUGGCUGCAACCUGCAGCACAUCAGCGAUCGAGAGAACAUCGACGAGCUGAACAUGGAGUAUAACCCUUCAGAUCACCCACGUACCAGCACUAUCUUCCUCAGCAAGUCCCAGACAGAUGUUCCUCCAUUCAACAAGAAAGUUCGGGAAAAGCGGAAAAGUCUGUACCUGAACCAUCAGCACACAUCUGGCCCAGUGAGACGCAAGUAUAGCUCCUGCUCGACCAUCUUCCUGGAUGACAGCACUGUCAGCCAACCCAACCUCAAAUACACCAUCAAAUGUGUUGCACUGGCAAUCUACUACCACAUAAAGAACAGAGAUGUGGAUGGGCGAACGCUCUUAGAUAUUUUUGAUGAGAAGCUUCAUCCACUGUCGAAGUCUGAGGUACCAGCGGACUACGAUAAACAAGAUCCAGAACAGAAGCAGAUCUAUCGCUUCGUACGGACGCUCUUCAGCGCUGCUCAGCUCACAGCCGAGUGCGCCAUCGUCACACUGGUAUAUUUGGAGAGAUUACUAACCUAUGCUGAGAUCGAUAUCUAUCCCGCCAACUGGAAGAGAAUCGUACUGGGAGCCAUUCUUCUGGCGUCCAAGGUGUGGGACGAUCAGGCCGUGUGGAACGUGGACUACUGUCAGAUCCUCAAAGAUAUCACUGUGGAGGACAUGAAUGAGUUAGAGAGACAGUUCCUGGAGUUGCUGCAAUUCAACAUUAAUGUACCGUCGAGUGUUUAUGCCAAGUAUUACUUUGACCUGCGUUCUCUGUCUGAAGCCAAUAACCUGAGUUUUCCUCUGGAACCUCUGAGCAGAGACAAAGCUCAGAAAUUGGAGGCUAUCUCCAGGCUGUGUGACGACAAGUACAAAGACUUAAGAAAAGCAGCCAAGAAGCGCUCAGUGAGCGCGGACAAUCUGACCGUGGUGCGGUGGUCUCCCGCCAUCAUAUCCUAACGGUGCAGGGAGCUCAGGAACGAUUCAGCCGCAGACAGAGACUGUAAAGAAUCUUUCUCUUCAUACGGCGACGGUUUGUCCGCACCACACCCCGUCUAGACACGUCUGUCAUUCUGCUGUAAAUACGGAACAACAUGAAGCUUUAAAAAAGAAGGAAGAUGGUUUGAAUUGAAGUGGAUAGGAACUCAAGCCAAGUCUCACCUGAAGUCCAGCAUUCCAGCAACCCUCGGCGUGUCUGUGAUGUGCAUUGUCAACAAGGAAACGUUGAGCUUAUUUGUAUAAGUUAACAGUUCUUCCUUUUAUUCAAAGUCUGAUCAUUUCAAUAUGGUUCUUUCAGAAGCACAAUACAGCCCAAAGUGAGUCCCUCACAAUCUUCUACCUGUCUGAUCACAAUCUGUGAACAU